UGAUUCUUUUGUAGUUCAUAGGGCAGGGCAUGUAAUUCCCUCCAUUUAUGCCCUUCAAAUUCCACUCAACAAGAAAGAAACCUCUCACAUGCCAUGGCAACCACCAUGAUGACCCAACCCAUCUUACCUUUCCCUUCCCACCCAAACCCCACCACCCUUCUCCACCACCACCUCCUCUUCUCUCUCUCCUCCGCCACCUCCCUCACUCACCUCAAACAAAUCCACGCCAAAAUCCUCCGCCACGGCCUCGACCGCUCCAACUCCCUCCUCCUCAAACUCCUCCUCUCCUCAACCUCCCUCUCCCCCAAUCUCAACUACGCUCUCUCCGUCUUCUCCCAAAUCCCCAACCCCCCAACCCACCACUCCAACCAAUUCUUGCGCCAAUUGUCUCGUAGCACCGAACCUCAGAGCACCCUUUUGGUAUAUGAGAAGUUGAGGAGGGAAGGAUUGGGUGUUGACAGGUUUAGCUUACCUGCAUUGUUGAAGGCAUCGUCGAGAGCUUCGGCAUUGAUUGAAGGGAUGGAGAUUCAUGGGUUGGCUUCGAAAUUGGGUUUUGAUGAAGACCCGUUUGUGCAGACGGCUUUGGUGGGGAUGUAUGCUGCUUGUGGUCGAAUUUUGGAUGCAAGGAUGGUGUUUGAUAAAAUGUCUCACAGAGAUGUGGUGUCUUGGAGUAUAAUGCUUGAUGGUUACUGUCAGAGUGGCCUCUUUGAUGAUGUCCUGGCACUAUUUGAGGAUAUGAAGAACUCCUAUGUGAAACCAGAUGAAAUGAUUCUUUCCACCAUUCUUUCUGCUUGUGGCCGUGCCGGAAACUUAAGUUAUGGGAAAGCAAUCCAUGAGUUGAUUGUUGAGAAACAUAUGCUUGUUGACCCUCACUUACAGAGUGCUCUUAUCACCAUGUAUGCAAGUUGUGGAUCAAUGGAAUUGGCCCAGAAUUUGUAUGAUCAGCUCUCACAGAAAAAUGUAGUUGUGUCGACUGCCAUGGUUUCUGGGUACUCAAAACUUGGUAAUGUCGAAGCUGCUUGCUUGAUUUUCAAUCAAAUGGAUGAAAAAGACUUGGUUUGUUGGAGUGCUAUGAUCUCUGGUUAUGCAGAGAGUGAUCAGCCUCAAGAAUCUCUCAAGUUGUUUGAUGAAAUGCAGGUUUCUGGGAUUAGACCGGACCAAGUGACAAUGUUAAGUGUUAUCUCAGCUUGUGCUCAUCUUGGUGCAUUGGAUCGAGCCAAAUGGAUUCAUAUAUAUGUUAAUAAUCAUGGUUUUGGAGAAGCAUUGCCUGUCAACAAUGCCCUUAUUGAUAUGUAUGCGAAAUGUGGAAGUGUGGAAGGAGCUAGAGAAGUUUUUCAUCGACUGCGUAAAAAGAACGUGAUAUCUUGGACCAGUAUGAUCAGUGCCUUCGCCAUCCACGGGGAUGCUAGUAAUGCGUUGAAGCUUUUCCAUCGAAUGAAAACUGAAAACAUAAAUCCCAAUGGGGUUACAUUUGUGGGUGUGCUUUAUGCUUGUAGCCAUGCAGGAUUGGUUGAGGAGGGACGGAAAAUAUUUGCAUCAAUGGUAAAUGAAUACAAAAUCACACCCAAACAUGAGCACUAUGGUUGCAUGGUAGAUCUCUUUGGCCGUGCUAAUCUAAUACGCGAAGCUCUUGAACUCGUAGAGCAAAUGCCUUUGGCACCUAAUGUUGUGAUCUGGGGAUCUCUAAUGGCUGCUUGUCGGGUCCACAGUGAGUUUGAAUUAGGAGUGUUUGCUGCAAAACGGCUUCUUGAGUUAGACCCUGAUCAUGACGGGGCACAUGUUGUCUUAUCAAACAUUUAUGCGAAAGAGAGGAGAUGGGGAGAUGUUGGGGAGGUGAGGAGAUUGAUGAGACAUAGAGGCAUAUCCAAGGAGCGAGGUUGUAGUAGGAUUGCGUUGAACAAUGAGAUACACGAGUUUUUGAUGGCAGAUAGAAACCAUAAACAAGCGGAUGAGAUCUACACGAAGCUAGAUGAGGUGGUUGGUGAGUUAAAGCUUGUUGGCUAUGCUCAAAAUACCAGUGAUGUUUUGGUUGAUUUAGACGAAGAUGAAAAGAGGGAAGUGGUUUUAUGGCAUAGUGAGAAGUUAGCUCUUUGUUAUGGGCUGAUGAGAGAGGAAAAAGAGUCUUGCAUUCGCAUCGUCAAGAAUCUUAGGGUUUGCGAUGACUGCCAUACUUUUAUGAAGUUGGUAUCCAAGGUUUAUCAGAGGGAUAUUAUUGUAAGAGAUAGAACUAGGUUUCAUCAUUACAAAGAUGGUGUGUGUUCUUGUAAAGACUACUGGUGACAUUUUGUUAUAUUUUUGGUAUCCAAGAUAAGCAUUGUUAUAAGAGAUAGGACUAGGUUUCACCA